AUGGAUCCCGACGCGCUCGACAGGAUGAACGAUUUCUUCGAUUUCGCCGCUCUUGAACAGAACAACGAAGUCGAACACACCCAUGCUUCGAGUGAGCAAACCGUGUCAUACCUUCAGCCAGACAAUGUUACGGCUAUUGACUUCGCUUUGGAACCAGCGGCCGACAAUACUCUCCAAUUGUUCGACGUGCCCAUGUACGACGUGGCACACGAUCUCUCCUCUGGCGAUAUAAACCAGCAAUGGCUAACGUCUCACCCAACAACAUAUGCUGCGACGUCUAUGGUUGAAACGAGUGUAGACUCAGGAGCAGACGUCGAUUGGCAAACGGUUGAUAUGGAACAUGCGAAGGACCACAGGAUCCGCGAUGCGACGGAUCUCGCUCUCCCGCCUUCAUUGUCAUCACUUGCGCUAAUGCAAUGCGAUGAUGAAGGCAGCUUAAUUGAUGCGCCGCACUCUCAGCUUGGGCUACGUCCUUCAGCUCUCGAUCAUUCAAUGAUUCCGGCCGAUGCCUCCCUUGCACUGGAGCAGCUACCAGUCAGAUCGGCCGCAUCCCAGCAACAACCUUCAAUUUCCACUUGGAAACCAGCGUCAGCCAAACGUAAAGGUCCUCAGUGCCGUAUUCCACUUGAGGCAAGGCAGGUGUUGGAGGACGAAUUUGCGGCCAAUCCGUACCCCUGCGCGUGGGAAUUGGACAUCAUCGCACAUCAAGCCAAUCUCGACGUGAAGAAAGUCCGCAACUGGUUCAAUAACACCCGAGCCAGGAAGAAGUGUGGAGAUUCCCAUCCCGCUGUAAAGGAUGGUUCAGGCCAGAGCAAUCGCACUCUGAAGACAAAGCUGUCAAAAGAUAGUCUGGAAAGCCUCCAGAAGCAAGCAGAUGACACCAAUCAAUUGCCGCAGCCGCCUCUGGCGGUGUACCUUGCACAGUCGUACCAAGAGGAAGCUGUUGAACUGUCUGCAGUACAGGCUGCCGUUGAUGUUGAGUCUCUCAACGAAAGCAUUCCUAAUAGUGGAUGGUCUGAGCCCAGACAAGGUCGCAGAGGUUCCGUCAUCACCUCGAUUGCUUCUUCUGAAGGCACUGCACCCACAACAUACACAGUGUCUUCCAGCGGUAGCCGCAGUAAAACUUCGUCCUUUGGUCGUGAUCGCCGCCGAGCCGCUGAAGGCCACAACUUUGGUUGCAAGGACCUCGCCAUGAAGUGGCGUCGCUUCGGAGCUCCAAUGAAGCUUGACGAUCCUAUGCUUCAUUGUGGCUUCUGCGGAAAGAAGUCAAAAGACUGGUCCGAACGAUGUGAGCAUGUUGCUGAGCACCUCGUCGCGCGUGAGCUUGACCGUGCUGUGUGGUGGAGCGAGCGCAAGGAAAACCAUUUGGAGAACCUCUACUCGACUACACCAUACGAAUCUUUCCGAUGCCGAUACUGCCAAAAGGUCUUUACGGAUGUCAAAGAUAUGAACGAACACUCUCACUGUCGUGUGUGGAGCUGUCGAUUUCUCCGGAGCUUCGACGACGUUGCUGCAGACAAUGCAGGUCCGCCCCUCUGUCCAGACUUUCCUUCGGCCAAAGCUCACCAUUGUCAUCUUUGCGGCUCCGGCUAUCGAACGUUCCACGUCGAACAUGCGCAGAACUACCAUCGGUAUCGCUCGUGCAAUCAAGAGUUUUACACAUCAGAAGACGCUUUCCUCCAGCAUUUGCACAACUUUCAUGGCGCUUCACAGCCAACAUUAUUGCGAGGCUCUGGUGUCAUCGAGCAGAGCUAUAUGCGCAACAAAGGCGCAUCGUUCGAGCCCGUGGAGUUCAAUGAGAGCUGGCAACCUUGCGUUAUGGAUCUAGACGUAGCCUCUGUCAGUCCAUUUGUUGCCGACAACACUGUUUCAACCCUACCUGUCGACCACAGAAAGAAUCAAAAUCCGACCCGAAAGUCGCUCGUCAUUCCAAAGAAAGCUCGUGACAAUGUGCAGACUCAGGACGUCAAUGUCAAGAAGGUAUCAAGACAACGAUCUGACACAUCAACCUCGAAGGCCGAGAGUCAUCACCCGCGAUUCUUCCGACUCAGUACUUAUGUACCCUUUCUGUCAUCUCGUAUCUUCUACUCGCGAUCUGCAAAGGCAGCGGACUUUCCGAGAGACAACCAGGCUGUGCUAGAAGAGCUACCGAAGCCGCACAUUGCGACACUGGCAAUGAGUGCAGGCACAGUCAGCAUGGCCGCCGCUCGCUGGUUCAUUCGGCCAGACACAUGUUCGGUCAACGGUAUGGUAGAGCUUACCAUUGAUAAUGAAGCAGAUGUAGAUUGA